AUGCAGGAAACCUCGAAAUACUUUCCACCCAAGAGCAUCUUCAAAUCUCGAAUGGUCGAUGCAAUGGCUACCUCUAGGCAAGACUCUGCAUGGAGAUCUGAGCUCAUUCUGGCCAUGAUGGAGCACUUCCACAGCUCUCUAGCAAGAUCUGCCGCUGAUCUCCCCAACGGCUUCUUCUGGAGAGGGUGUCCGACAAUGACACACAUCACCACAUCCGUUGUUAGAGAAAUGAUCAAGGGUAUCAUCGAAAGAAACGGUAACUUGACGGAUGUUGCGUCACGGUACGAUUUGCUGUGGGAACAGGUAGUUUACUGCCUUAUCUUUUUCAUUGAAAGCCUAGACGACUCAAACGACAUUAUCCUCAGUCAGCUCGCACCUAUUGAUCUCCAACCAGAUCUCAAAGUCCGAAUCGAUCCCGCCUACGCUCGCAAAUGGGUCAAAGAGCAGGAAAAACAACGAUCCGAACACGCCGCUAUUGCUCAAGAAUGCCGUGUCCGUUUUUUGAUUGAGGCCAAUCCACUGGGAUCUCCAAGACGCCUUCGAUUGGCAUACAUGAGUGAGCUCCUUCGAUUGGGAUAUAGUACUCUCGGCGCAGCUCUUGCACUGGCGAAGGUUGCAGCAAGAAAACUGGCUCAGCGUGAGGCGGAUAUACUCAACAAGGGAUCUGAAAGCCCAGCUAGCACACGCAUUCGGCCGAACUACACUCUGAUGCGCACCCAGAUGCUGGAAUGGAUGCUGGACUACUAUGAGCAGCGUGGAGAGUACAGUGAUCUUGGUCCACUCGAGUCAGAAUGGUGGGUCGGACUGAGAAAUGCCCAUGAAAGCCCUCAAGGAGUUUUGCGCUUCGAAGAGUGGCUGUACAGUGCAGAUCCAACCUUGGGACCUACUCAAUUUUUCUUCCAAUCAGCUCAGCUUUAA